UCCACAAUACUUGAAUCUCAAUUCUCUCUCUCUGUCUCUGUCUGUAUCCUCUCAUUUGUUGGGAAGUCUCUGAUUUUGUAGAGGAGGAGUUUGUUCUGAUUGAUUAAUCGGGAGAAAUGAUGAAAGCAUCGUUAGGGAGGUUAAGAAGAUUCGCAUUGCCCAAGGUUGAUGCGGUUAAUAUUGAAGAGCUUUUGCCUACUGCACAGAUUGAUGGCCUUGCUCGAGCCUCCAAGGAUAUGCAAGAAAUGAGAGAGAGUUAUGAUAGAUUACUCUCUGUUGCUGCUGCCACUGCCAAUAGCGCUUAUGAGUUCUCUGAAUCAUUGGGGGAGAUGGGCUCAUGCUUGGAGCAAAUCUCUCCCCAUAACGAUGAACAAAGUGGAAGGAUUUUGCUCAAGUUGGGUCAAGUUCAGUUUGAACUCCAAAAACUCGUCGACACUUAUCGUUCUCAAAUAUUCAAGACCAUUACUCGACCUUCAGAGUCACUUCUAAAUGACCUUAGAACCGUCGAGGAUAUGAAGCAACAAUGUGAAGAAAAGAGAGACGUCUUUAAGAACAUGGUGAAAGACAAGGUACACCUGAAAGGCAGUAAAGGGGAGAGACUUAUCCGCCGACAGUUGGAGACUACUCGUGAUGAGCUACAAGACGAGGCCACUUUGUGCAUUUUCAGAUUGAAAUCUCUCAAGGAAGGACAAGCUCGAAGUCUCCUCACCCAAGCAGCCCGCCACCACACUGCUCAGAUGCACCUGUUCUUGUCUGGUCUGAAAUCGCUCGAGGCAGUAGAGCAACAAGUCAAAGUUGCUGCAGAGAGACAACACAUCGACUAUGAGCUCUCUGAUAACGAGAACGAAAUGGAUUGUAGUGAGGAUGACGAUGAUGAUGACCGACAUGUUAACAGAGAUGGAGAACUCAGUUUUGACUACAUAACAAGUGAGCAGAGAGUAGAAGCGCUACCUACACCACAAGGAGCAUUGAAUGUAAAUGCAGAUCAUAGAGAAGAGAACCCAAGAAGGAGCAGCCAUUCAGCUCCGUUGUUCCCACAGAAGAAGUCUGAUUUAUCGACAAAUGCUUACGUAUUACCAACUCCUGUCGAUUCAAAGUCCUCAUCAAUCUUCACGCAAGCAAACCACAGUGCACAUUUAUGGCAUUCCUCUCCGCUUGAACCCAUAAAAACCGCUCAUAAAGAUGCAGAAACCAACCUCUAUUCCCGUCUUCCUCGUCCUACAGAAGCUGCACCACGACACGCAUUUUCUGGACCGGUCAAACCAUCCUCAACCCGACUUCCAGUUCCUGUGCAGGCUCACUCAACUUCUCCAAGGAUGUUGUCUCCUGCUGCUUCACCCCCGCUCGCUUCUUCUCCGCGGAUCACCGAGCUCCAUGAGCUUCCAAGACCACCUGGUCAAUUUGCUCCUCCACGACGCUCUAAGUCUCCUGUUCUGACUGGUCACUCAGCUCCUGUUACCGCUUGGAGUCAAGAAAGAAGCAAUGUUUCUGUGUCCAAGAACAUUGUGGCAUCACCUCUUCCGGUUCCUCCUUUGGUUGUACCAAGAAGCUACUCCAUACCUUCAAGAAACCAGAGUGAACAACAACCCUCCUUGCCUGAAACGAACCAAAACAGAGUAGUGUCUCCACCGCCUCUGCCUCUUACUCCAGCGUCUCUGAUGAAUCUCAGAUCGUUGUCUAGGUCUCGGGUUGGGGAAGCUGCUCAGAGCGGUCAAAUAAGAAGAGGAGUACAAGUGAUUGGACGAUGAAGCUUUUACUAGCUAGCGUGGCGUUUGAUGAAAGCGUUGGUUGUAGAAAGUAAAUAUACAAGUCAGAUAUUUUUCUAGUUCUUUAGUUUUUGAAUCUCCUUAGUUUCAACCCUAUACUGUUUUUUUCUUUCUUCCCUUAUUUAUCUUUUUGUCACUUUGAAAAGAAUUAGUUGUUGUUUUCUGAAAAUUAGGAGAAGGAAAAUGAGAAAUUAGGGUAAAUGUUGCCUUACCAUAAACUUCUUCUUCUUACAUGUCUGAUUUCUUCAUUU